UCGGUGCACUACGCUGUCCACCCUGGAGAAGGUUGGCUUAUCUGUCUUAACUUUUAUUUUAUCUCACCUUUUAAUCCCUUUUGCUCCCCAUCAUCUGUCUCCACAUCACACCAAGGUCAGGUUGACUGUUCAAAAAUGAAGCUCUAUCUUCUUCUCUUGCUUUGUCUCUGCCGCCUGGGAGUGACUGAGGAGCCCAGCCCAGCACCUACUUAUUUCUCCAGUAUUGCAGAAGACAACGAGCAGAUGGAGACAGAGGCUGACAGCUGUGGAGAAACAUUCAGCCCUGAGGCGCACAGGGCAAUAGGAGAGGCCACUGAGCAACUGGGUUUACAGCUCCUGGAAAAUCUUCCUGUCAGUCCACAACAGCCCAACAUCAUCCUCUCACCACUCAGCAUCGCUUUUGCCCUUGGUCAACUCACCUUAGGUGCUCGCAAUGAGACAGAGAAGCUGCUACUAAAGACCCUUCAUGCUCGUGGUCUAGCGUGUUACCAUCAUGCACUCGGAAGCCUGGUACCUCAUUUCAGCCACACAUCAUUGGAGGUAGCAGCACGCAUGUACCUGAGGCCAGGAUUUAAAGUGAAGUCAUCAUUUGUUGAAGACUCUCUGGCCAGGUACCAAUCACAGCCCGUUCCUUUGGUCUCUGUGGAGGAGGUCAACCAAUGGGUUGAGAACGUUACCAAUGGACACAUCCCCAACUUCUUAGAAAGUAUUCCACAUGACGUGGUGCUCAUGCUCAUGAAUGCUGUAUACUUCAAAGGUCAGUGGCAAACACAGUUUGACCCCCAAGCGACCUCUAAGGGAGAGUUUUACCUGGACAGUCAGAACUUUGUGUCAGUGGACAUGAUGAAAUCUGCCCAGUACCCUUUACGCCUGAUGUAUGAUGCCAAACUGGAGGCACAGGUUGCCAGUUUUCCCUUCAAGGGAAACACCAGCUUCUUAAUCAUCCUGCCCAGAGGAAACCUGUCGUCAGUGCUUCCCAAACUGAACAUCUCCGACCUCUACAGAUCUCUACCUCAGGAGAAACCAAUGCAGGUGAACUUGCCCAAAGUGAAGUUGCAGUACCAUCAGGAGCUCCAGGCGGCGCUCACAAACAUGGGCCUUGGCUCUCUGUUUUCUGGUCCUGACCUUUCUGGGAUAUCGGACCAGCCCCUGACGGUGACCGGCGUCCGCCACGCCAGCACCAUAGAACUCAGCGAAGAAGGCGUUGAGGCAUCCGCCACGACCGUUGUAACCUCCAUGCGCUCAGUCUCCUUUUUCUCUGUAAACUCCCCUUUUCUUUUUGCCCUCGUCGACGAUGCCUCCCUGGCCCCCCUCUUCAUGGGCAUUGUCACAAACCCCGCCCCUGACAACUCCAUGCCGAAUGACGAUCCCCAUAGCAACAGCAUCAAGAGCACCCCCGGUGACUGUCACAAAAAGAGACACGGAUCUCAAACUGAGCAGAGCAGCAAGCCGGGAGAGGGCAAUGGCAAUGGCACUAUUGACUUCCCUGAAUUUCUUUCAAGCUAAAGGAAAAAUGUGUCCGUUUGGGAAAAGAAACAGGACCGGAAGUCGAUGCAUGUAACAUACAUCAAUAUACACUUGAUGGCAGGUUUAAUCUUCACUCACUCUCUGUGAGACAGAAUGAGUUCGUCUCUCAAAGUGUCAGUUUUCAGUCUUACAGCACAGAAGUUAUCAUAGUUUAACAAAGUAUCCAGACGCGCUGCAAAUGCAGUAAUCAGGUCUACCGCAAAGUUUUUUAAUAAAGUUCUGACAAAAAAAACUUUAAUAUUUUAAGUUUGUGAUGUGAAAAUGUUAAAAUGAAGUUUUCAUUGCCUGUAGAUGCAUUUCAGAGCUCUUCAUACAA